AUGAACUCAAACACCAACGCUGCUGCCGGUCAGAAGGAAGACUACCUUGACAAGGGCACGCACACCUCUCCCUGCCUUGACGCUGCCGAGAAGAAGUGGGGCGGUUCUAUGGGACAGGACACACAGAAGAACCGCGCUGUCAACGAGAAGAUUACCGAUGGAGCCCGCAACAUGUUCGAAAAAGCCACAGGCAAGAACGUCCCCGACAAGUUCUCCAACUAG